AUGUUAAGGAAGAUCCCAGGGCCACCGUACGAGUUCUUAUUUGGCAACUCUUUAAAAAUUCUAUGUUCAUCAGCUGAUCUAAUGAAAUUACGACGAGAGUUUGCCAAAACUUGGAACGGAAUAUGCAGAAUAUGGAUACCUACGUAUGGUGCAGUGAUUAUAUUUAAUCCAGAAGAUAUUGAGGCAGUUAUAUCGGACCUACAACACAACGGUAAAAGCAACUUAUAUUUGCUAUUUAAGUCGUGGUUACAAGAUGGACUACUGAUGAGUAAAGGUUCUAAAUGGCAGGAACGUCGAAAAAUUUUAACGCCUGCAUUCCAUUUUAAAAUUUUGCAUAACUUCUGUGGUAUAAUUGAAGAGAACAGUCAGCGAUUAUUGGAAAACCUCAAACUCACAGUUGGCCAGCCAAUCAAUAUUGUACCAGUGGUAUCAGAGUUUACUCUUAACUCUAUAUGUGAAACAGCAAUGGGCACCAAACUCAAAGAAAAUGGAAGUGCUGGUAAAACCUACAAAGAGGCUAUACACUCGUUGGGGUCCCUGUUUAUGAGGCGGUUAUCAAGAUUUUAUCUUUAUUCUGACUUUGUUUUUAAUUUAUCACCAUGCGGGAAAGAACAACAACGGCAUCUUAACACUGUGCAUAAUUUUACAAAAAAUGUAAUAGAAGAAAGAAAAGUUUACGCUGAUACGCAUGGCCUUCAAAUAAAUGAUGAGAACUUAAUUAAUGACGAAGAUGUAGUUUAUAAGAAAAGAACAGCAUUGUUAGACUUAUUGAUAUCUGCCGAAAAAGACGGGUUGAUAGAUCGCCAGGGCAUUCAGGAAGAAGUCGACACGUUUAUGUUUGAAGGACACGACACUACUGCAUCAGGUCUCACUUUUUGCCUUAUGCUGCUUGCUAAUCAUAAGGAAGUCCAAGACAAUAUUGUAUCUGAAUUAGAUGAAAUAUUUGAAGGCUCAAACCGAAGUAUUACAAUGGGAGAUUUGUCAAAGAUGAAGUACUUAGAAUGCUGUAUUAAGGAGAGCCUACGUCUGUAUCCUCCGGUGCAUUUUAUUAGUCGAGCAUUGACCAAAACUGCAAUCCUAAGUAAUUACAAGGUACCAUCAGGCACUAUGUGUCAUAUUGAUAUAAUGGAACUACAUCAUCGUGCCGAUUUAUUUCCUGACCCGGAAAAAUUUGAUCCUGAAAGAUUUCUACCAGAAAAUAGCGUCAAUCGUCAUCCUUACGCUUACAUUCCUUUUAGCGCCGGUCCUAGAAACUGUAUAGGCCAAAAAUUCGCAAUGAUGGAAAUGAAGAUCACAAUUGCAGCAACCUUGCGAGAGUUUGAGCUAGAGCCGGUCACACUACCUACAGACCUUGUGUUUAUAGCCGACCUUGUACUGCGCAAUCAAGGACCUGUACGAGUUAAAUUUGUAAAAAGAUUAGAUUAA